AUGGGAACCGAAACCAGCGACACAAUAGUCUCUGAAGAGGCUGGCUCCGCCCGUCAAAGCCAAGGCAUGCUCAAGGUCCCUUCCAGAUCCUCUUCGCAACAGAAGAUCCAGUCUGCCCCUUCUGCCACUGGCCGCAGUAGCAGCAGCGGUCGUUCCAAGGACUCUAAGAACAGCUAUGCUGAAGCCCAGGGAAACGGCUCGUUAAAUGCGACGCGCGCAGCCGGUGACAAUGAUGUCGCCAGUACCCCGGGCAACACGCAACCGAGCUCGCCUUCCACUAGCGAGCAAAAGCAAAGAAGGAAGAAGGGAGGCCUGCUUGCCCUGCUUGGCUGCUGCGGCGUGCCGGAUGAUGAGGACAAGAACAACGUUCACAAGCUAAACAAGCUUCCUCAACGGCCUACCACAGCCAAAUCUCGAUCCCAAACCUCGCAGGACCAGUACGCCCGCAACUCGAAUGAGAAGUUCAACAACGCGGCUGCCACCGCAGAUAACCAAGGAGCCGCCAGUGGCUCCCAGGACGUCAUCAUGGAAGAACCCAAUGCUCAUCAGGAGAGCCCGCCGGUCGUUGCCGUCGAACCUCCUAGCGCACCGCAAUCAGCCGGUGGAAGUAAUUCAGCCAAUGGCGACGACUCCGAUAUGCCCGACGCAGCCGAAGAAGCUCACGAAACGCCAGCCGUCGAGACACAUGAGGAGGUGGACGAGCGAAGCGUCCCACCUCCACCGCCAGGCCCUGCAAUCGCUACAGCUGUCCCAUUCCCACCAACUGCUCCUGUAGAGGAGCAGCGCAAGUGGCUGCUACCCCCCAUUGCCCCCGAACACAAGGGCAGAAAAUGCUUGGUUCUAGAUCUCGACGAAACCCUUGUGCACAGCUCAUUCAAGAUUUUGCACCAAGCCGACUUUACGAUACCUGUCGAAAUUGAGGGCAACUAUCAUAACGUAUAUGUCAUUAAGCGACCCGGCGUCGACGAAUUCAUGAAAAGAGUGGGCGAGCUGUACGAGGUGGUCGUUUUCACUGCGUCUGUUUCUAAGUACGGUGAUCCUCUAUUAGACCAACUCGACAUCCAUAAUGUCGUCCACCACAGACUUUUCCGCGAAAGCUGCUACAACCACCAAGGCAACUACGUCAAGGACUUGUCUCAAGUCGGACGCGACCUCAAAGACACCAUCAUCAUUGACAACUCCCCGACCUCAUAUAUAUUCCAUCCUCAACACGCCGUUCCUAUCAGUAGCUGGUUCUCUGACGCCCACGACAACGAACUGUUAGACCUGAUUCCCGUCCUCGAGGAUCUGGCUGGCUCCAAGGUUUCAGAUGUCAGCCUCGUUCUUGAUGUCACUCUUUGA